UCGGAGCACCAUUGAUUUGCGCCACGAUGGGCUUGUUUGGGACGAUGGAGGUUUGCAGUGUGCUGGUUGAUGGUGCGAUUCCAUCCUCCGAGUCAUCCAAGCGAUCCUCGCAGGACACCGCCGAUGGCUCUGGACAACCUUGCUCGGUCCAUUUCCAAGUGCCGACGGCGAGCUCCGCUCGACUUGGAGGAGCACUAGCGCUGGUCUUGAUGCAUAUGUCUUCGCCGCUGCCAUCGGAAUGCUCUGGUGGCUUUUGGUCUGGCGAUUGUUCGGUCGUGGGAACGGAUGGCUCGUGGCGCUCGCUCCCGACUCUCGAGAGUUGACUUUGUCGCAGCACAAUAUCGCCCGAAUACUCCGAGAGGCGGUCGGGCACGUAGGAUAUAUCUCCGUUGUCGGUUGGCUCUGGGUCUUCAUCAUGGCAAGCCAUCGCUACAGCGGUGUUGAGUUGGGCACGAGUCAACACGUAAUCUCCAGCACCAUCCCAGCCAGCCGGAACCGCUGGCGUAGCGGUGGCCGGGGGCUGCCCAUCUCCGGCAUCGACAUCGACUCCAAGACCAUGGAGUAUUGUCAUGUGGGUACUCUCGAUGACAGAUGUUUGCAGGUUGGCCUCGCAUGGCGCUCCGGAUUCAAUGCCGAGGCCUUGCAGAAUUGUCAGCUGCUCGUGGGUGGGCUGGAGCAGCUCGGAUGGCUGGCGGGUGUGGCCGCCACCAACUUCAUCCUCGGUAUCGCUCAUCGGGACCGGCGGUGGCGAGCCAUGCGCUAUCGGUGUGAGAUGGGACAUUUGGCCCGAGGCCGAAGCCAUGAUUUGGUCGAUCUCGGCAAACAGGUCAUCGGUAAACAUGGCGGCGAGGGGAUGGGUGCAAUCUGCGCGAUAGGUAUGCCGUCAGGUCCCGGCCGAUCGUUCAAGCUGCCGCCCAACGCCCCAAGACGAGAUGGGAGCAGAUUGCCGGUCUUGUUCCUGUGUGAGAGACGGUGGCUUGAUUGAUUGCUGGCCGAGGAUGCCAUCUUGCUCUGAUUGCGUGCUGCUCUCAUCCAGAGUAUGCGUUCCUGCUUUCGACCCAGGCCGCCGGCGUUUGCAACGACUCGGUGCUGUUUGUCAUGUCCGUGCCCUCCGGAUCCUGAGCGGCGAUCGGCAGGCUCGCUA